AUGGUGCCCAGACCCUCGACUAUUAACGACCUCGACGACGAGAACCUCUAUGACUUUGUUGCCGCCUUGGGUACCGAGGAGGAAGAACAUCUGGUUGAUGAGAACACUCAGGCCGAGUCCAACGUUGUCAACGAGACGGGCCAUGGUACUACCGACGAGCACGAGGAGGAGGAGACUGGGAAGAAUAGUUCCUCUAAUACCGGUCAAGAACAGGCUGUUCUGAACAGCCUGGCAAAGACGAUACCGCUGAAAUCCAUCGUCAACAACCACAUCGGUUAUAAGUGGCACUUUGAGAACAUUCUCUAUAAUGCCUUCUCCCUACAGUUGGAUAUGCUAGGUAACCGUGUCCCUCCCGGUAAGAAGUUCGCCUUGUUACGCCUCAAUCUCCAAGGUGGUGCUUACACGACAAUCGAAGCCAACGUCUGUCCCUCAUCACACGUUACUGUAGCCGAGGAUGACAAGCUCUAUCGUAAAGCCCGAAUGGUGUUGAUAGAUAGGUAUGGUAUGGAUCUAUUUAAGAGCUGGCACCAGUUCAUCAAUCGUAAGCUCCGUCCUAAUGAAUCUCCAGCUGAGUUCCUUACCGAGUUACAACGUUUGGUAUCAUUAUCGAGACCAUCGGGUAUCAAGCUCGACCAAACAUGGAUGAACUCAGCAGCUUGCCUUAUGUUCUGGGAAGGUUUGCCGAGUGAUAUUCCAGGGUUACCAGCCCUGAAAAGUCAGUGGAAGACUCUUUGGGAGUCUCGUGGUGAUAUUGUAGAGGGCUGCCUCAGAUUGGCAAAGAGCAUUAAGAUUGAUGAGAGCCAGGGAGCCAUAGCUGCUGUUUCAGCUUACCCUUCCUACCCUUCUGUAAAAGGGAAAGGAAAGGAGAAAGGCAAAGGAAAGGGCUUCAGAGGAAAGGGCCGGACCUGGAAGGGCAAAGGUAUACCCUGUGAGCCAAAAGCUGAUGCUCGGUAG